AUCUGAAAGUAGUUCACAAAGGCAACGGCUUAAUUAUUUAAUUAAAGGGGGGCCAAAUAACUAUGACUUAAAUAAGGUCCAUCUACAACAGGCGUUGUAGGCUUACUAAUGCGUAGUUUGGAAGUGAAAGUUGGUGCUGCAAGUUGAGAUGAAAAUACAGACGGUGAUCAACUGAAAUGAUUGACGCAGCGGCAGCUGACACGCCAACAGCUGCGCUUGCUGGGCCUACAAAACUAAAUACUCUCAUUGAUGACAAUCUCAAGUUGGAAAACAAAGCCAACGGAAAGAAUGGCCCAUUAACUCCAUCGUCAUUAUCCACCAACGUAUCCGUACCCGCCGAAUUGCAAGAACAACCCGAUUACUAUGGUCUAUACGUUGAAUGUAUGGAACAUGCUGCCUACUUUGCCAAGGAUCACACAGAAUUUGGUCAACGACUGCAUGCCGCACAUGUUGCAUGGCAGGAUUUCAUAAUCCUAGCCAAUCAUCUGACAUUAGAAAUAGCUUCUUUUGCCCACACAUAUGAUUUUGACGACUUGACGCCAGGAAAUGGCUAUCGUAGCUUCAUUUAUGUCACUGAUGCUUGCAUUGCCCAUGGCCGGAAUAUUUGCAAGCAAUUGCUUCAGACCCGCGCCACCCUCUUCUUUCGAAAGAAGUUCUUCAUGAAAGAGGUCGAAUCUUGCUCACAAUUGCUCUCAUCACUUUGCACCUGCCUACACUAUUUACUUAUAUUGCAUGAAUGGGCAGGAAACACAGGCGACUUGUUUGCCUCCGGCCGGCACACAGCCGAGCAGUUGUUUGAGCUCGGCGACACCAUUAAUCAAUAUUGCUUUUAUGGACGUUGCCUUGGCUUUCAAUACGGCGACUCAAUACGCGGCGUAUUGCGCUUCAUAAGUAUUGGCAUGGCCAGCUAUUCAGAGACCUACUAUUCACAGGCUGAUGACAGCACUAUUUUGAAGACAACCCGUAGUCUUUGGACCAGCGGCAAAUAUUUAAUAAACCCGGAACUGCGUGCUCGGCGAAUCGUGAAUAUCUCACAGAAUGCCAAAAUUGACUUCUGCAAGUCGUUUUGGUUUCUUGCUGAAUCGGAGCUAAUGCAUAAACUUCCCAGUAUUGUAGGAAGCUCGAUAAAGGUAAAUCGUCUGAUUGAAUUACCCGCUGAGCCGCUUCAGUUGCCACUUCGUAGUUUCGGCGAUUCAACCGCCCAGAAGAAACUGUUAGUAGAAUCUGAUGAGAAUCAAAACAAAGAUGACGAUAUUCAUGCCGUACAUGCCACAAAUUUUGUGGAUAUACCUGUGCCGAGUGCUCACCUUGGACCCGGAUUACCAGUCUCAGUGCGUCUGCUCAGCGCUAAACGGCGCGCUGGGAUGCUGGGUGAGGGUAAAUUCCGUGGAUGGCACAAACCUAUUCCAGCUAGUAGCUCUAUUUUGCUCCACUGCCAUGGUGGUGGCUUUGUAGCGCAAUCGUCCAAGUCCCACGAAUUGUAUCUACGCGACUGGGCAGUUGAGUUGGACGUGCCAAUACUAUCGGUGGACUAUAGCCUGGCUCCCGAAGCGCCUUUUCCGCGCGCACUUCAGGAAGUUUUCUACGCCUACUGCUGGUUGCUGCGCAAUGCCGAGCAUUUGGGCACAACCGCCGAACGUGUUAUUUGUGCUGGUGACUCUGCGGGGGCCAAUCUCUCCAUUGGCUUAGCACUCAUGUGCAUCGAGCAGGGAGUUCGAGUUCCAGAUGGCCUUUUUCUGGCCUACUGUCCCACUUUGGUAAGUUUUGUGCCUAGCCCGGCGCGGCUGCUAUGCCUUAUGGACCCUCUAUUGCCAUUUGGUUUUAUGAUGCGCUGCUUGCGCGCAUAUGCCUCACCGGCCAGCGAAACACUGCAGCAAAAUGCCAAACAUGUUGAAGAACUGGCUGAAAUACGCAAUGUGACGCAGAAAGCCCAGAAGGAUAUGUUGCAGCCCAGCGCUAGCUCCAGCCGCCGUACAUCAGCUGCCAAGAGUCAUCCCUCGUCGUUAGAACUGCAGAACUCAGAGGUGGAGGCGCCUGAAACUGCUGAAGAGUACCUGGACCGAGAGGACAGCAGCGAUACCUUUGCCAGCGCCUCGUACCACAGCCAAACUGUCGAGCGGACCGACUUAUUCUCCAGUCAGGGCGACAACAGUUCGUGCGUGUCUUUCGAAGACGACUCGCAGCCUAUUGUACAUUAUCCUAUUGAGGUCUCAGCGGAGCCAACCAAGGAUUCGGCUUCAGCGGCGUAUAUUGAUAAAUUUCUUGACAAGUAUCUUAUUGAUACAGCAACAAUGGAAGCCACCGAGGAAAUCUCCAGCACAGUUCCGACGAAAUUAAACGGUAGCAUGGCGCAGCAUGACAGAAGCAGUUCCGAAGAGAACAUACUGAUUGAAACGGGCCGGGAUUUGGCCGUAGAUACGUUGCAAGGUCGCCUUCAGGAUGCCGUUAACAACAUUACCAGUACACUGAAUCGAUGCACCCAAUCCUAUGAGAUACACGGAUCCCAUAUUCAGGGUACAGGUGGUUGCCAGCAAGACGUACGGAAUAUGGACGCCUUGAUUGCACGCAGUCCAAGUGAAGAGUUUGCGUUUGAUGUUCCAAAGGAUCCAUUUUUAUCGCCUUAUUGGGCCUGCGACGAGUGGUUAUCACAGCUACCGGAAACAAAAAUACUUACACUCAAUAUGGAUCCCUGCCUUGAUGACUGCGUCAUGUUUGCCAAAAAGUUAAAACGCUUGGGCCGCACAGUUAGCUUAGAAAUCCUCAAGGGCCUACCACAUGGAUUUCUCAAUUUUACAAUGCUAUCAAAUGAGGCAAUGGACGGUUCAAAACACUGUAUUAAAUUACUAAAAGAAUUGCUUCAAGGCACGCCCUCCUCCACGCCCACGCACAACAACGAUGACGACAGUAGUAGUAGCAGCCAUGCAGAGGUAGGUGACGAUCAGUCGUCCAGCCGAAGUGCCUGUAUUGAAGCGUUGUCGACAACAGCGCCGUAGUGCUGACUCGCAUUUAAUGUUGAGCUAUGUAUAUGGAUUAGACAAAUACCUAUAUCCAGAUUUAUACAUACAUUUACACACAAAUUGAUACAUGUACUAGAAUCUACUCUCCUUGUUCACGUUUCUUGCUUUUGGGUGCUACAAUUUUAUAGAUACACUCAGUUUUGUACGAAUUUCACGACAGCUCAAUACGCUUUGCAUAUAAUUUAUUGUUUACAACGUAUAAAAUGUACAUUGGUAUAACAUAGUGUACACUAUGUAAUCAGGUCAAGUUAUUAAAUACUCACGUACAUAGGUACAAAGUAGAGUUGGGAAAAUUUCAUAAUGCAGAUUACUAAUCUGCUACCCACGUUAAAUUUUAUUCCCGGAGCACAAAAUAUCAGCUACAGCGAAAAAUAGCAGUACGGAGUUCUGAUCGGGCAAAAAAAAAAGCAAAGUGAAGGGAACUCUCCUGUGUGCCUGCAAUUUAUGUACUUACUAAUAUUAAUAAACGCUAGCCUAACCUUUAAUCUGAAUUGUGUAUUUAUUAUACAUAAACAUAUACGCACGUUUUUGUACAACCAGUGUCAUGCGAAUAAAAUAUACAACCGUUUGCA